UAUUCACGACUGGGCUUGUCGAAUACUGACGACGAUUUUGCGUUAGUCUCAUUGAAGCAUUUUCCAGGAUGCCGAAAUUGUACAGAAUCCGUAGAUGCCUCCAUGCGUUUCGGAACGGUUUCUCUAGAAGUAACGCCAACCGCACCGACGAACACCAAGCACAGCAUCUGAAAAGCUGGGUCGGGGACAGGAUGUCUGAGGCUCUGAAGUCCCUACCGGAAGCCUAUCCGCAAGACGCCGCGGCGCUGCUCGAGACAGCAAACGAGUACGAUGACAAGAUGUUUGAAGAAUGUCUGAAGCCAUUCAUUGCCCGGUUUGUCGGCGGUUCGAAUUUCUCGAAUGCACUGGCAGUUGAGAUACUAAGCUUUUCACAAACCUCGAGUCACGAGAAAUAUUUGGCAACACGUCUCUUUCCACUCGUUCUAGACGCGGCAGCCACGCAAUUUGAGCUCCAAAAAUAUUCUUCGGCAUCUAAGGGCUCACGUUCCCGCGGUGACUACCCUUAUUCCUCAUGGCCCGAUUGCUAUAAAGACGAGGAGAGGGGCCGACGUGACGCGGGUAUCAUUGCUGAUUUGUAUCAGCAACUCCUCCAGUCUGAUCGGAAGAAAGCUUCUGAUCUACUGGAUAAACUUCAAUCGCAGACUGAAAGCCUUCCUCAUACCGAACUAGGCAGGCUUGUUAUCCCGCUUCUAGAGCGGAUGAUAUAUGUCGUGGACCGUCGCUCGCCGGAUGCUUGCCGGUUUUACCAAUCGAUGAUGGCGAUAUACAUAACACAAGUCGUCCAGAAGGAACCAGAGAAGCCGAAGGAUUGGUCUCGGCCGAGUGAGAGGCAAAAGUGCUACCGGGAGAAUUGUUCUGGUUGUCAAUUGCUCCACGACUUUUUGAUGGACCCACGCGAGGAGAGCCACAGAUUUGUCUUGGCUAAGGACGACUUCUGGCACCUAAGGCAUUCGGUCCCAGCCCAUUGCAAAAUAUCAUCAGACGAGUUGCAAAACCCGCCGGUGCUCAUUGUCAACAAAACCUUGAAGGGAUGGGAAGAGAACCAUACGAAGUGGCAAAAUCGUGCUUCUGAAGCGCAAAAGACCUUCAAGCGGUUCCCCCAAGCAGAGUUAAAGCAGUGCCUCGCCGAAAAAUAUGACGCGACCAUGGACCUUCGCAUAGUCAAACAUCAAGAAGGCUCUAUCGCCCAGACCAACGACACCCCAUACCAGUCCACUGUACCGCAGAAACGAACCCGAAGCAAUUCAUCGUUUGGUGCAUAGGCAAGAUAAUUUAGGCGAAGACAAAUUGUAAAAACCGUUUCCACAAGCCCACACCUCGUGACAAUUACAUCUCUUACCACCAUUCGGGAUUCACUCAACUGAGCUUUCCCGCCUGGCACCAUCUUGAGCAGAGGUCUAC